AUGGAAAACAUUGUGUUUCAGACUCGUAUAUUGGUGACCCACAACUUAACGCUCCUGCCUGACACUGAUCUUAUAAUAGUAAUGGAAGAGGGCAGAAUCAGUCAGAUGGGGACCUACCAAGAACUCAUUUCAAAGAGAGCUAAUUUUGCUGAGCUGUUUCAAGUCUUCAAUGCAGAGUGUACAAGUGAAGAGAUGACCCCAAUGGAAGUGAGCUCUUCAAAAGAAGAGGGCCAACUGGGCAGGAAUCUGCAACAAAGAGAACUGCUGAAACAUAAAGAUUCUUCCUUUGAUCAAUGGAAAAUACUCACUAACAAUAAAGAAAACGUGGCCACUGGUGGCAUGAAAAUGUCAGUGGUUUUGAAAUACCUCCAAGCCUUCGACUGGCGAUGGAUGUGGCUAACCAUAGCUGCUUAUGUAGGACAAAAUGCACUAGCCAUUGGGCAAAAUCUAUGGCUUAGCACCUGGACUGCAGAAACAGCAGAAGUUAGUGAUUUCACAGAAUGGAAACAAUCACAAAACUAUAAACUUCGUAUCUAUGGGCUUCUGGGAUUCACACAAGGUCUUCUUGUUUGCUGCGGUGCUUAUGUGCUCACCAGGGGAUCCAUGUCUGCUUCUCGGGCAUUGCAUCAUCAGCUGUUAGACAAUGUAUUGCACCUUCCUCUUCAGCGUUUUGAAACUAAUCCAGUUGGUCAGAUCAUCAAUAGAUUCACAAAGGACUUAUUUAUAGUGGACUUACGUUUCCAUUACUACUUACGAACUUGGCUAAAUUGUACACUAGAUGUUAUUGGAACCAUUCUAGUUAUCGCAUUUGCCUCACCACUAUUCAUAGUGGUAGUUAUUCCCCUGGGAUACUUUUAUUUUACGAUCCAACGAUACUACAUAGCGAGUUCACGACAAAUUCGACGACUAGCAGGAGCAUCGCAUUCUCCUGUGAUCUCCCACUUCAGUGAGACUCUUGUAGGACGAUCAACAAUUCGAGCAUUUGGGCACCAAGAGAGGUUCAUUAGAAAAAGUAAUGAUGUUGUGUAUGAGAACUUAGUUUACUUCUACAACAAUGUCAUCUCAAACAGGUGGCUAUCUGUCAGGCUUGAAUUUCUGGGAAAUUUAAUGGUGUUCUUUGCUGCCCUGUUUGUAGUACUGGCUGGAAAUACAGUGAGUUCUUCUACAGUGGGUUUAUCGAUAUCCUAUGCUCUAAAUAUAAUUCAGAGUCUAAAUUUUUGGGUGCGUAAAGCAUGUGAGAUUGAGACCAAUGCAGUUUCCAUUGAAAGAGUUUGUGAAUAUGCAAAAAUGGAUAAAGAGGGACCGUGGAUAAUGUCAAAAAGACCACCAGUGGGGUGGCCUGAUAGAGGAAUAAUAGAGUUUGUUAACUACAAGGCUCAGUACAGGAAGGAUCUUGGUUUAGCCCUGAAUGAUGUCUCUUUUCAGACACAGAGUAAAGAGAAGGUUGGAAUUGUUGGAAGAACAGGAGCUGGUAAAUCAACACUCACAAAUUGCUUGUUUAGAGUUCUAGAAGGAUCUGAAGGCAAAAUAAUUAUUGAUGGAAUUGAUAUAUCAACUAUUGGACUCCAUGACCUACGUGGAAAUCUUAACAUUAUUCCACAGGACCCCAUCUUGUUUUCUGGGACACUGCAGUCAAAUUUGGAUCCACUUGGGAAACACUCUGAUCUUGAACUGUGGGAAGCACUGGAACUGUGUGACUUAAAGGAUUUUGUCCAAUCACUCCCCAAGAAGCUCCUUCAUGAGAUUUCAGAAGGUGGUGAAAAUCUCAGUGCUGGGCAGAGACAGCUGGUCUGUCUGGCCCGUGCUUUGCUACGAAAGACAAAAAUCCUGGUCCUAGAUGAGGCGACAGCUUCUGUUGACAUGGAAACAGAUAACUUAGUGCAGUCCACCAUCAAAAGAGAGUUUUACAACUGCACAAUAUUAACUAUAGCCCACAGGUUACAUACAGUCAUGGACUCGGAGAGAGUCCUUGUUCUGGACGCAGGAAGGAUUCUAGAAUAUGAUACACCACAAAAUUUGUUACAACGAAAAGGUGCCUUUUCUGAAAUGGUUGCAGAGGCUGGGAUAAGAAGAUAG